UACAAAAAUAUUGUAGUUUACCUUUCACUUCCGGUUCCGGUUUAGACGCCUAUGAAGCGCGCUAUCUCCUUCGCUACAGGUUACGAGAUUUGAUACGUUUACGUUCCAGCAUGUCUCACAACUACUCCUACAGACGACCACCACCAGCUAAAGAUCUAAGAGCCAGGGCUUUCGACUCUCCAGAUCACCUGCACCCUGGAGACCACGGUCACAAUGUUUACAGAUCGUCCCAGGAGCCACCGUCUCAUUCCACAAUACCAUCCUACCCAUCCUCCUCAUCCAGAGCCUCUGCUGCCACCGAGUCCCCUUACUCCUUCUCACUAAGCCAGUCAGACCCUUACUCCUCCCUAAGCCGGUCAGACCCUUACUCUUCCUCUCUGAGCCGGUCAGACCAAACUCUGACCCUCCUGAGCAGCUGUGGGCUCGAGCCCAAAGAUUUGUCUCUACUAGCCGAGAUGCCUGAGGAGCUCAUCACUGUGGAGAACCUACCACGUCUGCUCCUGGAGAUCAGAAAGAAGAGGGCGACACAGCAGCCACCAUAUCCAGCCAUGACCUCUUACCCCCCUGCUGCCACAUCUCGCCCCCCCACUGCUACCCCUCCUCCAGGCCGUGCGUGGGAGCAGGGUGACCGGAGUCAUUCUCAGACAUUAGACUACCCAUUGGACCCCCACCCCGCUCUUCCCCCUUCCCAACUCCUUCCCACAGAACAGGCUGAGCCCUGGCAACUAGAUCGUCAUGGCAACCCGAUGCAGUACACACGCUCUCGCCUAGAACCUGUGCCUGUCCGAGUUGUGGACUACCACUAUGGUAAAGAAACUCCCAGAAGUUACCAAACUCCUAGGUCCACUUACAGCACGGCCCAAGGAGGAAGCAGCAACAGCUGGAAACCCCCCAACUCAUCCCAACCAGCAGUAGAUUACAGGUACCCACCAGCUACAAACUACAGACCACGCCCAGACCAAGAUGUCCCAGUUGUCGCAAUCAAGAUGGCCACCUCUGGCAAAACUCCCACCAAGAAGGCUGCUCUUGACUUCCACGGAGAUAUCCCCCAAACGUUUCCUUAUUCGUGCUCUCUCUGCGAUAUUACUGUGCUCUCUGAAAAGUGCUGGUUCACACACGUCAAUGGAACUCAACAUGCAGACGGACAGCUCACACUUCUUCAAAUGUAUCCUGAAUGGGAUUGCCGGAUGCAGACCGCCAGAAGUGGUGACGACCACACAGAGAGACCAAGGGUUGACGAGAAGACUGGUGGACCUUCCCAUAGGUCUAUUAACUACUUAGGUAAACCGUCAAGUAGCGGCUCUAGAAAAAACAUAGACACUACGACAAAGGUUACAAAGGGGAGUGGCAAAGUGGUUUGUGCCAAAUUUACCGCCCGGUGUCUCAACGAAGAUGGUUUGAAGGACCUGAUUAAACCAUUUGGGGAAGUAGUGAAAGUCAUCAUGUUUCCUGCUUUGGCGUUUGUGGAGUUGGGCUCAACGGACCAGGCCGCCGAUAUUGUGACAUACUACCUCAGUAACCCGGUGAUGGUGAAAGGAGGACAAGUCACCUUCUCUGUCUCGUCAACAUUUAAUUUCCUACAGAGUUCCCGGGUGUUGAGUUUUUCCCCUGUGCCUCCUGGUAAAGAGUCUGCCGCGUGGAAAAGAGAGUUACUGGCUGUAGCUGAAGGAUUUGGACCUGUGGAGCACUCUCUAUUCUUACCUACGCAGGCAUUUGUGGAAAUGUCUAAUGCACUGGAUGCACAGAAGCUUGUACGACACCAUACGUCCAAACACCUGAAAAUAGAUGAGAUACAUAUUAAAGUGGCCUUCUCAUCAGAGUAUAAUACACUUCGGACCAUGUCUGAGAGGAAGUCUUCAGACAGAAAGUCUUCAGACAGGAGCAGGAAGUCUGAAGACAGAUCUAAGAGAAAGAGAACCCCAAGCCCCAGAAGGUGGUCCCUAAGCCCCAGGAGAGAUUCCCCAAUCUCCUCAAAGAGGAGGAGGAGUAGAGAGAGGGAUAGCGACCGUCACAAAGAACGAGUGAAAUCAAAUUGUGGGGGUAAAAGCAGGCCAAGGUCCCCCAGCAAACAGAGCUCCAAUCGGUCCUCCAGAAGCCCCCGCAGGCCAAGGUCCCCCAGCAAACAGAGCUCCAGUCGGUCCUCCAGAAGCCCCCGCAGGCCAAGGUCCCCCAGCAAACAGAGCUCCAGUCGGUCCUCCAGAAGCCCUCGCUCCCAUACUAAAGAGCGGGUGUCCAGUGAGAAGGUAUCCCCCAUUUCCACAUCCACUUGCUCACAACCUCCCACCAAGAAUAAGACCCCAUCCCAGUCCUCCACUGUGAUGGAGAAGUCCGAAAAGGCUGUCGACACGAUUGACCAGAGCAAGCAAGAAACUGAGACGCAGGACAGCCACGAGGAUGGAGCCAUGGAAGCCUGUGAUAUGGACAGUGACAUCGAGGGGAUGGCCGUGUAUGGGGAGGAUGGGGAGGAGAACUCUGACAUGGGAGAGGAGGGAGGGGAGGGAGAGGAAGAGGAACCGCAGGAGAGUGCUGAGGACUUGAUCCAGGAGUUUAAAGACCUAUGUGAGCCCAGGCAGAAAGCAACCUCUGAGACUGUAGAUGAUGCUCCUACAGAAGAGCUCUCAGCUACCGGGUCAGAACAGGGGAAAGAGCUCUCAGCUGCCGAGUCAGAACAGGGGAAAGAGCUCUCAGCUGCCGGGUCAGAACAGGGGAAAGAGCUCUCAGCUGCUGAGUCAGAACAGGGGAAAAAGCUCUCAGCUGCCGGGUCAGAACAGGGGAAAGGGCUCUCAGCUGCCGGGUCAGAACAGGGGAAAGAGCUCUCUGCUACCGGGUCAGAACAGGGGAAAGAGCUCUCUGCUACCGGGUCAGAACAGGGGAAAGAGCUCUCUGCUACCGGGUCAGAACAGGGGAAAGAGCUCUCAGCUACCGGGUCAGAACAGGGGAAAGAGCUCUCUGCUACCGGGUCAGAACAGGGGAAAGAGCUCUCUGCUACCGGGUCAGAACAGGGGAAAGAGCUCUCAGCUACCGGGUCAGAACAGGGGAAAGAGCUCUCAGCUGCCGGGUCAGAACAGGGGAAAGAGCUCUCUGCUACCGGGUCAGAACAGGGGAAAGAGCUCUCAGCUGCCGGGUCAGAACAGGGGAAAGAGCUCUCUGCUACCGGGUCAGAACAGGGGAAAGAGCUCUCAGCUGCCGGGUCAGAACAGGGGAAAGAGCUCUCAGCUGCCGGGUCAGAACAGGGGAAAGAGCUCUCAGCUACCGGGUCAGAACAGGGGAAAGAGCUCUCAGCUGCCGGGUCAGAACAGGGGAAAGAGCUCUCAGCUACCGGGUCAGAACAGGGGAAAGAGAGAGAUGGUGAAGACCAGAAAGGAGAUAUUUCAUACGUUGAUGAGCCUGAUUUCCCAGAGGACCUUGAGAAUCUUAUCACGUUGGAUGAGCUGGAGGAGGAUUCCUCAGGCGAUAACCAAGAUAACCAAUCAAUAGAUGAGACCAAGAGCAGAUCUAAGAGCAAGCCCUCAGGACGUGAUCAGACACCUGGUAGAGUGAUCUACGUCAAAAACCUUCCCAGAGGCUUCUAUACAGAUAGUGACUUCCUGAAGAUUGUUAAAGGCUUUGGGAGAGUGCACCGCUAUUUCCUCCUUCGCAAUGGUGAAGAGGGCUUCAUUGAGAUGGAGAGGUCUUCUGAUGCGACAAAGGCUUUAAGAGAGCUGCGUUAUAACGGCUGUAAAUUAUACGGCCAGAAGUUGAUCAUCCUGCGGUCUCAGAAAUACAAAAGACUAACAACAGGGUGGAAACCUGAAUCUGAUUCUAAAAGUGAUCGAAAGAAAGAUCACAGGAGUACUAGAAGCAGUAGCAGAAUAAGGAGUGGACGGACCCGCAGUCACUCAAAGUCAGCGGCUAAGGAAGAGGAGACAAAAGAGAAGGAAGAGGAGACAAAAGAGAAGGAAGAGGAGACAAAAGAGAAGACAUCACGACAAGUACGCUCCGAGCCAGCCCAACACUGUGACAAGGAGGACAGAGGAGUGUCUGAAGGGAAUAUUGACAAAUCCUCCAACAGUGAAGACCAAAAGGAUGCCCCUGCUGCUGAGGAAGAGAAGCAGGCCUGUAGCAAUGAGGAUAAUGUGGAAACCAAGAUGGAGGAUGAUGUGGAAAAGGGACCAGAUUCCAUGAAGACUGGUAUGGAGUCAUCGUUCCAGGCCAACAACCCAGUGGGAAGAGAAUUCAUUAAACCUGUCAUGGGCUACUUCUGCGACCUGUGUCAAGUCAUCUAUGUCAAUGAGGACGAAGCAAAGAACCAACACUGCAGCAGCCUCGGUCACUAUCUGAAGUUUAUGGAACAUUCAGGUAAAGACACAGCCUCUAGCUAAAAGAUGUCCAUCUCUGGAGGAAGUUGACAAGAUGACAGUUUUAGGCCCAAUUUGACGGGAAGUGUACAAGUGCACACUUCCGGAGGAGGGUGGAGAAUCUGGAUUUUUCUUUAUAUUGCACUCAAGAAGAACGGCGCAGGUUUACCUAAUCCACGAGAGGCUCUUUGUGAAACUCAUCCUAGAACAAUAAAUGAGAUUGCAGAUUACGUUAAUCUGUAUUGCUUUAUAUGAACAAAUGUUCAGCACCAACCUACAUAUAUUGUUAUGUUUGUGUUUAUAAUAGCUCAGAUCUACUUUCUGUAACGUGAAUUGUUUGUUCAGUUUUCCUAUGUUAUUUGUUUUCAAGAUUUGUUUGAAAUUGAAAUUCAUUCUAAAAGAUUGUUAAUAAACAUGCUUAAUUAUUAA